CAGAAAAACGCUUUUGAAGAGAGGAAAAGCUGCUGUCCUCUAACUGCAAGCAACUGCCGUGAGGAUGGAAUUAAUCAAGAUUUGUUUUCUGCUACUCUUCGGCGUAGUCUUGCAAGCAGAGUGCGAGAGACACUCUCUCUAUUACAUAUACACCGCCCUCUCCAAACCUGUCUCUCUUCCUGGAAUCCAUGAGUUCACUGCUAUGGGCCUGCUUGAUGACAGAGAGAUUGACUACUACAACAGUCAGGACAAAGUCAAGAUUCCAAGACAACACUGGAUGAAAGAGAAUCUGACAGCUGACUACUGGGAGAAAGGCACUCAGUCACGAAAGAGUAAAGAACAGUGGUUUAAAGUCAAUGUCAAUAUUCUGAUGGAUCGAAUGAGACACAAUCAGUCUGAUGUCCAUGUUCUUCAGUGGAGACAUGGCUGUGAGGCUGAGAGACACUCUGAUGGAUCAGUAAGAUUUGUGAGUGGUGUUGACCAGUACAGUUAUGAUGGUAGUGACUUCCUGUCCUUUGAUGAUGCCACUAUGCAGUGGGUGGCCCCAGUUGAUCAGGCCGUUCCCACCAAAAGGAAGUGGGAUGAUGUGCCCAUUCUCAACCAGUACACUAAGGGUUACCUUGAGAAGGAGUGUGUGGACUGGCUCUCCAAGUUCAUGACUUACGGUGAAGAGGACCUCAAGAAACAUACUCCACCAGAUGUUUUUGCUUUUGCAAAGAGGGCGACCACCCCCAACAAACUGACCUUGACCUGUAUGGCCACUGGCUUCUACCCCAAAGAUGUGACCCUGAACAUCAGAAAGAACCGCAUUACACUCCAUGAUAAAGAAGUGAAUUCUACUGGAGUAAGACCAAACAGUGAUGGAACCUACCAGCUGAGGAAGAGUGUGGAGAUCCCUGAGGCUGAAAAAGCAGAUUAUGACUGUUGGGUGUACCACAGGACCCUGAAAGAACCAACAAUUUCUGUGUGGGAUGGAAGGUGUUCUGACUGCCAGACAGAGGCAGCUUUUGGAGGUCUUAUUGGAGGUGUCAUUGGAGCCCUGUUCACGCUUGCUGUGGUUGCAGUGGUCGUGUUUGUCCUUCAUAAAAAAGGCUUGAUUGCUCGAAAUGCCAAUCCCGAUGCCAAUGGCCAGAAUGGCCCUGUGAACACACCACUGAUGCCAGCUGUUGGGCAGCAGAACAGUGAAGAAAGAGGGAGGAGCCAGGGGAGUCUUGAGGAAACUAAUGGACUGAAGACAUCAAACUCAUCUGACUCUGGUCACGGGAGUGGUAAUGGGUCAUCAGACAGUAGCAAUGAGGAUGUUUCCAAGGCAAAAGAGUCACCCACAGUGUGAGCCCUCGUCUGGAGAAGGUCUAUGAAGAUUGACAGCAGAGGCAAACAAAACUAUAACAACCAACAUGAAUUUUAAACCAACUGUCACACUAACGUCACUGUCACACUGUCGUCAUUCAUUCAUUCAUUGAUUUUCCAAACCUGCCCGGCCGGGAACCCUAACCCUAACCCUAACCCUUGCCGUUAGGUGACAUCACUACUCACUACUCGCCACUGUGCUGCCUGUUACACUAACUUACUUACAUUAAUUCACCAGUGAUUGAGUUGUCUUAGUCGCAAAAAUCAAGAUAUGAUAUUUGAUGCUAUAUCAGUUUCAUUAUGCCACUGGGAUGCUAUACAAAAAGUAGGACACUGUUUUGCAUUGGAAUGAAUGUAAUGAUUUUCUGUUUUCUGUUGUGUUACCUGUUUGUGCUGUUAUGGCUUUAAUAUGGAGUGGGAAAUGAUCAUAGGCUCAAGAUACAAAACAGCUGUAAAUUUAGCUAUGAUUUUGUACCAAUCAUGUGUUGCCCUGUUUAGUUUCCCUCUGUAUUUAAGUCCUAGUGUUUGCCUUGUCCUUGGUCGAUCGUUGCUUGUGUAUUUUGCACUCUGUUAUGCUGCACCUUUCGUUAUCGGUUUUUGUUCCUGGUUUGCACUUGUAUUUUCAUCUUUAUUUUGUCAGUAAAGUCUUCUGUUUGUCACUUU